ACAGAUUCCAUCUUUUUUUUUCUGUGCUUUCCAUGCGCUAUAGUUAUGUUCAAGUCGCUGGAAAUUAUCUGCUAACGCUUCUUUCAUGUGGAAAUGGCUAAGUGGACUGCCCAUUCAAGGAAUGUACUAUUGGUGUCCUUCCCAGCUGUCAGAAUAUGUCUUCAGGUCUUAUCGUGUUGUCGUCUGUAGUAUGAAUAGGGAGCCGCAGUAAGCAGGAUCGUCUGUUUUUCUGUUUUUUUCUGUCUUUUUGUCUCUCGCUCCAAGGGUUUCAACUCACUUCUGGAAACUCCUAAACAUGAUUAUUGGACCUUCCUUAUGAGUCUGCUUCUACUUUUUUGUUCACUGCUGAGAACAAUUAAACAAGAUAGUUGGACCUCCACUAUGUAUCUGCAACUUUUCUCCCCCUACCCCCUCAAACCUUCUGGGGCGAAAACAAAAAAACAAGUAUUGGAUUCUUUCUACAAAGUAAGAGUCGGCCCUAUUGGUGACGAUGUUGGUCCUGGAGUAAGUAUAAUGUUGACCCAAUACGUAUGGAUGCAAAAUUGUGCCCUAGUCAUUGCCGGCCUUACUUUUUCUUGCUUUUGUAGAAAUAUAGUUCUUCUCAUUGGCUCCACCGUAUUCCUCUAAUGGUCCCAAAUAGCCAUCUCUUUCUACUUAGUUUUCUGAGUUUUAGUGCAUAAUUUAUAUGGAUGGAUGGAAUUUCCCUUCUCGUAAGGCAUUUGAUAUUGUAUGGGGGAAGGUUGAGACCAUGUAUACAAGGAUUAAGAGAUAUCCGAAUCAAACUGACAAUAAACUAACUACUAAGAUACAGAGUCUGGUAGGGACUAAGGUUGAGUGGCUCUAUUAUAUUCUUGAAGCCUUUAACACCGGUGAUUUGGUUCGAUACCAACAAAUAUGCCAUGUCCAUCAAGCUGCUUUGAGUGCUCAACCAGCAUUGGUGCAGAAUGAGAAAAAGCUUCUCGAGAAGGUCAACAUUCUCUGCUUGAUGGAAAUUAUCUUCAGUCGCCCAGCAGACGAUAGAACUAUUCCUCUGAGUGUGAUUGCAGAGCGCACAAAGUUAAAUGUGGAGGAUGUAGAAUAUCUACUCAUGAAGAGCCUUUCUGUGCAUCUCAUUGAGGGAAUAAUUGAUCAAGUCGAAGGGACAGUUCAUGUUUCCUGGGUGCAACCAAGAGUUUUGGGAAUUCCCCAAAUCAAGUCAUUGAGGGAUCGGCUAGACAAUUGGGUGGAUAAAGUACACACGGCUUUGUUAUCUGUGGAGGCUGAAACUCCUGAUUUAGUUGCUACAUAAUCCUUGGUUUUUCGAGUUCCCUUUCAGGUCUCUGUAAUAGCCCCGCCACAUCUUUAUAUUUGUUUUGCUUCUGAAAAGAGCUGGUAAUACAGCUGAGAAACUAGGGACAGUGUUCUAGUACUCUUAGGCGUUUAUUUUUAUGUCCCGGUUUAAGCUUGAGAUAUUAUUAAUCUCAUUGAAUUUUUUCCCCCAGAUAGCUUGUUGUUCUUGUAUUCGAUUACCAGAGUUCAUAGUGAUGACAUUCAAAGGGGAUAACUGGAGCCAAGUUGUGAAAUGGCUUAUUUUUACGACUGUUGGAAUUUUAUUAUUUCUUUGGACCUUCUUUGCACUACAACUAAACAGAGCCAAUAGUUAUAUUUCCUUUUCUAGGAAGAGUGUUCUUCCAUA